GCCGUCACAGCAAAGAAUAUCUCAUUGUGGAGGGAAACGAUCGACCCAAAAGGCAUCGGCAUGUUACGAUCUCGCCAAGCAAACACAGCGAUACCGAUGGAAGCGGUGACGUGACAAAGAUCGAAGUGGAGCUCAAGGAAGCACCAGAUGCUGUCAUCGUCGGUUCUAUGUCAUCGGAAUUGGAAGCCACCACCGAGCUCAAUUCAACCUUCCCCAAUGGAAUUGCAGAACCGGGCGCGGUAGUGGUACGAGCCGAAGAGGUCCUGAUUGUCGUUCUUGUCCUGGUCCUGUGGGUGGCUGCCAUCGCUCUGUUUUUCAAUCGAUGGGGCAAGAUCCGCAUGCUCGAGCCGUACCAGCCGAAAUUUCAGCAACAACACAGACAAAGCUGCACCAUAAUCGACCCAAGCCCACUCCAGCAUCGGAGUUCGAAGUUUAACAUCUACUGCAUGGAGCAUCCAGUGCACCAGGUGAGCUGUGUCUCGGCCGCCGGGCCGGCUACCAGGUUGCGCCAAAACAGCGUGUUCGUAGGUUCGAGCAUGUCGCUGCUGCCGGCCAGCCAGGAGCCUAGGCGAGCCAAGAGUGCGUUCGAUCUGCAGUCGCUGGUGCACGCGGAGGGCACGGGGAACGACGAGGAGGAAAGCGACGGUGACACGCUGAGGACCCUUAGGUCUAUCGGCGAGACAUCGCGACUGUUGCAGCGCGAGCGUCGAUCCAGCGCUUACCAGUUCGACCGCAUGGACGUCCUGGCAAGACCGACGUUGCAGCACGAGCGCGGUAUGAGUGUCUGUCACUUCGACAGGACAGACGUCCUGGCCAGACCGCUGCAGAGAGAUCGCGGUAUGAGCAUCUGUCACUUCGACCGGAUGGACGUCCUGGCCAGGCCGACAUCGCAGCGCGAUCGCGGCAUGAGUAUCUGCCACUUCGACCGGACGGAUGUUCUGGUGAAGCCGCUGCAGCGUGAUCGUGUCAACAGCAUAUGUCACUUUGACAGAAUGGACGUGCUGGCGAGGCCCACGUUUCCGCCCGGCAAAUCUUUGUUGCGGGAGAGACGCGUCAGCGUGUGCAACUUCCUGGAGAGGGACGAGGAAUCGAGCAGUAGGAAUAUUUUGCAAAAGGACAGACGGUUGAGCUUCAGUAACGUCGACAGAAUCGAGACUCUUGGAAAAUCAUCGUCACGUAGAGACCUGCGCAGCAGUAUCAGCAACGUGAUGGACGGCAAACAGGACAGCCUGGCGAAAUCAAGUACGAUCAGAGAGAGGAACAACUCCGUGCACUUUGAUCGUCCAUCCUGUAGCAAAACGUCCGACGUCGUGCUCGGAUACAAAGCGACGUGCGUUUAAUCGCGGCUUCUUCCGAGGCCUGGAGAACGCGCGAAGAAGACGUUGAUUCCGUGACAAUGGUCCAGUCACGGAAUCUACCUUGGACGAAAUACGGCUGUGAAAUCCUUUCGUAAUCGCUUUCGACGCCACUUUUAUCGCUUAUAUUUCGUGUAUUCUUUUAUGGAUUCUUCUGAGAGAUACCACAGCCCUGAGCACCGAUGGCCCUUAUUGAACCGUCAAAAUGCGAUAAAUAAUCUCUAUUUAAAUGCCGGCUUCGAAAUAUUGGCUUUCCCUCAUUUUCUCCUUUGCGCGAUAAGUGCAAUUGACUUCGCUCGCUCGUUUUGUAGAUGAAAGACGAUCUAGCCUCGGUCAGAGAAAUAUCUCGCAUCCAUUUUCUGUACUUGCGAAAUGACUUCACAAGUGCACGUCGGGUCUUUAGGAAAUGCUCUCCGGAAAUUAAAGGCGCGUCGCGUGGACACGCAACAGGAGGGUGGAGGUUGAAGAGCGUUUUUCAUCACGUCCCUUUUCUCCCUUUCUUCUCCCAUUUGUUUUUUUCCCCGCCUUUUUACCGCGGGCUAAAUGUAAUAAUGAGACUACCGAGCGUCGAUUGCAUGAAUGAUACAUGACGGGCAUUUCAACGAAUUCGCUCGGGGAACACCGUUGAAUUUCCAUUCGUUGCUCGACGAUUCGUUAAUGGUAUAUUCGAGAGUUUCGCUAGCCGAACAAUGAAACUGCAGAACGCGAGCAUGGCUGCACGAGUUACCUCAGGAGACCGCGAUCGCGCGUUGGUAGAUCGUUUCAUUGUGAUGAUUUAUUCGAACAUGGUUCAGAAUUUUUAAUUAACAUUCUUAAUGGUGUGGUCUUAAUGGACGAGCGAGCGAAGUAUAAUCAGUCGGAAAAAAAAAUCGAUCGAUCAACCUUAUUCAUUCCUAUCCAAUUUUGCACUCCAUCUUUCUCUCUCUAUCUCUGUCUUUCUAUCUCUUACUCUCGUAGCCAUAAUUAUAGACGUGGAGACUUUUCCUCUCUUUCCUCUUUUUUCUCGAAAUCUAAUCUGCCGUAGGGAGCUGACCGUAGAAAUUACUCCGUUCUUCGAAGAGACGAAGUCUGUAGCAUCUAUUCUACUUGUAGACAUACGGGCUCUCGCAAAUUGUCUGCACACACAAGGCAGUAAAUCGGUUAGACGCAACGGCGUGUUCACCGGGCGCGCAUGAUCUUUUGAUCUGUAAAACUUGUCAAUGCCAUUAUAGCACACGCUCUCAGGGAUUAUUAUUUAAAAUCUUCACU